AGCAUGUGGUAUCGGUCAUAUGACUUGCCGCAACUUUUUUUUCUUUUCCUAUACGUAUCAUAAAUUUAUUGACACGUUUAACGUAAUAGUUUUAAAUUACUUAUAGUACAUUUUAUUUCAUUAAACUCAACAAAUAGUUACUUUGUGAAUUUAUUAAACAUCUAAUUAAUAUUUAAGAGAAAAAUUUACGUGAUUAUUAAAACUUGUUAUAAUUUAAAUAUAUCAUUCUGCUUAUGAUAAAGAAAAAUCAAACAAUGGCACAGGUGCUUUAAAGGAAGAAUUUAAUCCUACUGGUUAGAAUUUUCGUUUUUGCCAAGAAAUUAUUUUAAAUUAACAUUCUAUGUUCGAACUAUUGGAUCAAUAUUUUAUAGAACAUCAACAUAUUCGAUAUAAUCCCUUAAAGGGAGAAUGGGUACUAGUGUCCCCUCAUCGAAUGAAAAGACCAUGGGGAGGACAUGUAGAACCAAAUAUAGAAGAAGACCUCCCAGAUUAUGAUCCUGAUAACCCACUUUGCCCAGGCAAUAUUAGAGCUAGCGGACAGAUUACUCCAAUGUAUGAAAACACAUAUUCAUUUGUUAAUGAUUUUCCUGCACUAUUAGAAUCAGUUCCUAGUCCAUCAAAGUCAGAAGAUGAAUUAUUUCAAAUGGAUGCUGCCAGAGGUACUUGUAAAGUAAUGUGUUUUCAUCCAAAAUCUAAUGUUACAGUAGCACGUAUGGAAGUUUCUGAAAUCAAAGAAGUGAUUAAAAGAUGGAUCUCUGAAAUGCUUGAACUAGGAGAAAAAUGGACAUGGGUCCAAAUUUUUGAAAAUCGGGGUGCUUUAAUGGGAUGCAGUAAUACACACCCUCAUUGUCAAAUUUGGGCUAGUUCUUUCUUACCAAAUGAAGCUAAAAUAAAAGAUAGAUUUCUCAGUGAUUAUUAUAAUCGUAAGAAGAAACCACUUCUUAUAGAUUAUAUGCAGAAAGAACUUCUUAAGAAGGAACGUGUUGUAUUUGAAACUCGAGAUUGGGUAGUUUUAGUACCAUUUUGGGCAAUAUGGCCAUAUGAAACUAUGGUUCUACCAAAAAAACAAGUGUCUAGAAUGCAGGAUUUAACAGAAUGUCAACAAGAAUCAUUGGCAGUUGCUAUGAAAAGAUUAUGUACAAAAUAUGAUAAUUUAUUUCAAUGUUCUUUUCCUUAUUCUAUGGGAUGGCAUGGUGCACCCACUGGCCAAUAUAUAAGAGAAGAUUUUCCUUACUGGACUUUCCAUGGAAUUUACUUACCUCCUUUACUGCGUUCUGCAACUAUAAAGAAACAUAUGGUUGGGUAUGAACUUCUUGCCCAAGCACAGAGAGAUUUAACACCAGAACAGGCAGCAGAAAAAUUGAGAAAUUUAUCAGAUUCUCACUACAAACAUCCAGAAACAAGUUUAACUAGCUUAGAAAUAGAAAAAUAUACUGAAUGAAUCAACUUACUUUACAUACAACAAUAUAUUUUUCUAAUUGUAAGUGUAUAUGUAAUUCACAUAUACAUCAUUUAUAAAAAUCUAUGUUAAAUAUUGAAA